AUGGCCUCGCCCACAACUUCCGAGAUCCAUAUGGACGAGACAACCCGCGGUGUCACCCCAAAUCGAAAUUCUUCGGAGAUAAAGCCCGAACAAUGCGAUCCACAGACUGCGCAGUCUACUGAAACACCAAAUGCUCGCGGCAAAUGGAGAAUUGGUGCGAUAUUGAUUGCGUUGGCGUUAAGCUUAUUUAUUUCUGCUCUGGAUCAAACAAUCGUAGCGACGGCUUCUCCGACAAUAUCAGCAGACUUGCACUCUGGUGGUGGAUAUGUCUGGAUCGGGGGUGCCUAUCUUCUCGGAAAUGCCGCCAGCGGCAACAUCUGGGCCAAUCUCUCUGAUAUUUGGGGACGGAGACCAAUUCUCCUAUCAGCCGUUGCACUCUUCUUUGUAUCAUCGAUCAUAUGUGCCACGGCACUGGACAUGGCCAUGUUGAUUGUAGGUCGCAGCAUCCAAGGUGUCGCCGGCGGUGGGCUCAUCCAGCUCAUCCUCAUUACUAUAUCUGACCUGUUCAGUGUUAGACUACGUAGCCUGUUCAUGGGGCUCAUGGAAUGUACUUGGACCGUUGCGGGAGCGCUUGGCCCCGUGCUCGGAGGCUCUUUUACCGAAUCUGUUUCGUGGCGCUGGAUCUUCUGGAUCAAUCUUCCAGUGUGUGGAACCGCUUUCGUGCUUCUUAUCCUGUUCCUUGAUGUCCAUAACCCGAAAACACCUGUCAUUGAUGGCAUCAAAGCAGUGGAUUGGUUCGGUAGCUUCUUCAUUCUGGCUAUCUCCAUCAUGGUCCUUCUAGGACUCGACUUUGGUGGGGCUACGUUCCCUUGGGAUAGCCCCAAAGUUAUUUGUUUAAUUGUGUUUGGCGCUUUGAUGUCUAUUGCGUUUAUUUAUAGUGAAAAGAGGCUGGCAAAGUACCCUCUUAUGCCACUUCAUGUGUUCAAGAGCCGCUCGAACAUUGCAUGCUUCUUAGUGGACUUUACACACAGUUUUGCCUUCCUCGGCGCAGAGUACUUCCUCCCCCUCUACUUCCAAUCCGCCAAAGAAGCAUCCCCAUUUCACUCGGGUAUCCUAAUUCUCCCAUUCAUCUUGAGCGAAUGUCUUGCUAGCCUCUCAGUGGGAAUUUUCAUUCACCGUACCGGCCACUACCGAGGGGUGAUCUGGCUUGGAAUGACCGCUGUAGUUCUCGGAAUGGGUCUAUUCAUCGAUUACAACACCACCACAGCCCUAGGCAAGAUCAUCGGCUACCAAAUAAUAGCAGGAUUUGGCUGUGGCCUUCUCUUCUUCCCUCCGCUGCUCGCACUUCAAAACAAUAUCCCAACUAAAGAUACGGCAACUGCAACUGCAACAUUUGGCUUCAUUCGCAAUAUUGCCAUGGCCCUUUCCGUUGUCCUAGGCGGUGUUGUCUUCCAGAACAGCAUGCUCAUGAAACGGCCGCUCCUCAGCGAUGCAGGUCUCUCAUCGACGCUACAGGAGGACUUUACCGGCGCUGAAGCCGCGGCAAAUGUCCUUGCUGUCAAGGACGUGGCGGAUCCGCUUCAGCGCCAAGCUGUGAAGCAGGCAUUUGCGUCGAGUAUUCGCAAUAUAUGGAUUCUGUAUACGGCGCUUGCGGCAGUGGGACUUGUUGCAAGUGCGUUCAUCAGGAAGCAGGAGCUUAGCAAGGAACAUGUAGAGACGAAAACGGGGUUGAAAGAGAAGGAUCCACCUGUGUCAGUGGCGGUACAGGAGAGGCCAGUUUCGAGCGUUUAA